CAGCCCUGUCGCGCCAUUUAUAUCUUCGCCAAGAAGAACAAUAUCCCGUUUCAGAUGCAUACGGUGGAGCUGCGCAAGGGAACUUGGAGCCUCCUCCCUGCUGGCCGCUGAGGGAGCCCUGCGCUCUGACAAGACAGGGUUGUAGCAAAAUGAAAGUGUUGCAUAAUGGGCUGUGGCCAUCUCCAUACUGUCUCACUGCUUGUCCCGCUCUGUCUGAAACCUCACAUCUCUCUUCACGGUCACCUCUAGGUGAGCACCUCAGCGAUGCGUUUGCCCGGGUGAACCCCAUGAAGAGGGUACCAGCCAUGAUGGAUGGUGGCUUCACCCUGUGUGAGAGUGUGGCUAUCCUGCUUUACCUGGCACACAAGUAUAAGGUUCCUGACCACUGGUACCCCCAAGACCUGCAGGCUCGCGCUCGUGUAGAUGAGUACCUGGCAUGGCAGCAUACGGGCCUUCGGAGAAGCUGCCUCAGGGCCCUGUGGCAUAAGGUGAUGUUCCCUGUUUUCCUCGGUGAACAAAUACCUCCUGAGACGCUGGCAGCCACAUUGGCAGAACUGGAUGUUAACCUACAGGUGCUUGAAGACAAGUUCCUCCAGGACAAAGACUUCCUUGUUGGGCCCCACAUCUCCCUGGCCGACUUGGUGGCCAUCACAGAGCUGAUGCAUCCUGUAGGUGGUGGCUGCUCAGUCUUUGAAGGGCAUCCCAGGCUGGCUGCAUGGUACCAGCGAGUGGAGGCAGCUGUGGGGAAGGACCUCUUCCGGGAAGCCCAUGAAGUCAUCCUGAAGGUGAAGGACUGUCCCCCUGCUGACCUCAUCAUAAAGCAGAAGCUGAUGCCCAGAGUGCUGGCCAUGAUCCAGUGACGUCAGACGCUUCAUCCCUGUACCAGCUGCGGCAGUUCACAACUGGCUUGCAUUACACUGGGGAUGCACCUCACUCCUCACACCAUGAUGGCUUUCAGGCUCAGCUCCAUAUUCACCCUUUUUCUGUGAUAGCCACACAUGACCUCAACUAUAAUCAUUACUUUCCCCUGGAGUCUGGGUAAUAAACUGGGCUUGAUUUGGGCUUUAA